AUGGGCGACCCGGUCGGCGAGGUCUUUGCCCGCCUCAGGGCAGCCAAGCAGGCGGCGCGGGCUGCGACUGUCGAGGGUGGAGGCGGUGACCCCUCCUCGGCCUUUGCCGACCUGGCCCGCGUCCUCGCCUCACCGCUCCUCGACGACCUGGCCACCGUACGCAAGCGCAAGAUCCACAUGGCACUCGUUGCCGCACUCCAGGCCCUGGCCAAGGCCGCUGUCCUCCUCCCACCGUCGUCUCCCUCCCUCGCCUCGCUUCCGCUCAUCUCGGAUCUCGCCUCUGCCCGCCUCCGCCCGCUCCUCGGCGCCAAGCAGUCCAAGGAACUCGACAACAUCGCCGCCGCCUUUGCCUCGGUCGCCGCUCCUGCCGGAUCGACGGAGGCAUCAAGCUCAACAACCGUCGCCUCCGCCCGCCCCCGUCCGCCACCAAUCAGCACUGCUCGCGAGGCGGCUGCUGCCGCCGCUGCCGCCUGGUGGCGUCAAGCCGAAGAGGCAAGGCACUCGCCGCGGCUUCCGCUCGGCUGGGAGGUCGGCGCAGAGACGCCGCCAUCGGCGAUGGCCAAGCUCCGCCAGGCGCCUUUCAGCAUCGAGUCCGGCACGCUGUACGAGGGCCUGUUCCUGGACAUCCCGUUUGCCUCGCGGGUGACGCCGACCAACGUCGACGCCCUCCUUCGCGUCGUCCAGCCCUACAGCGACACGACCCGCGAGUACUGCAACGGCUCGGUCUUCUCCACUUGCAUCGCACCGCCGCUCCUUGCGCCCAUCGACCUUCGGCACUCGCGCGCUGGCUCGUCGGCAACUUACACCAUCACCAUUGCGCCGUCGACUUCGCUCAACAUCCUGCGCCAGGCCAACGCCGCGCUCACCGCCCGUGGCGACGAUCCGGUCUUCUCCAUUGUCCUCCGCGCCUACCAUCGGCGUGACGCCAAGCGCAUCCACACCUGGCCGCCCGGCGCUGACAUCGCCGUCGCCGUCAACGGGCACUGGCUCGAGACCGCUGCUGCUGGCGCGGCCGAGCUCGAUCUUCUUCCGCACCUCCGCGCCUCCAACACCAUCACCAUCUCGAGCCAGCACUGCACCUGCGGCUACCUCUACACAGUCCUUGCCAAGCGGACCAUUUCGCAGCGCAUGCUCGCCGCUCACAUCGUCCACGCCCGCCCCUGGAUGGACCUCCAUGCCGCUUUUGGCGCCAUCAUGGACAUCUUUGUCUCGUCGGCCUCGUCGGGCGUGACCCAGGACUCGCUUCCGGUCGCCCUCACCUGUCCGCUCUCCUUCACCCGCAUGACCACACCGGUCCGCGGCCGCGCCUGCCGCCACUUUCAGGCCUACGAUCUCGAAUCCUACCUCGCCAUGAACGGCGUCGCCAAUCAGUGGCGGUGCGCGGUGUGCAAGGUCGACCUUCCUGUCGAGAACCUUGCCGUCGAUCCGCUCAUGCGCCUACUCCUCGACCUCACCGCCGACCCGGCACUCGCGCCAUCGCUCAACCUGCCGGCUGCUUGUGCGACCACCCCCGGCCCGGGCUCGGGCUCGGGCUCGGCCUCGGACGAUGAUGAUGACGAUGACGAUGACGACGGCCUGCUUGACACUGUGUACUUCAACGCCGUCGGCAUUGUCUUUGCUGACGCCGCCUGCUCUGCGCCGGUCCCUGUCAUCAACGACCACCCGACGCUGGUGGCUCUGCGGAGCGGCCGGCCGACUCCCACCACUGCCCCGCCUCGACCAGUUGCAUCACUUCACCCAGCCACUUCACAGCCACUCCCACCCGCCCCCGCUGCGCAGCAGCCAUCCUCCUCCCACAAGCGCCCAGCCGGCACUGCUGCCGGCGAGCGCCCGACCAAGGCUGCUCGGCUCCUCUCGGCCAAGCCAAUUCUCCCCGACGACGACGCCAAUCUGAUUGUGCUCUCGUCGGAUGACGACGACGACUUUUGCUAG